CUAUACUUAUCCAUCAGUGCCAUAUUAAAGUAGUAGUUUAGUAUCAGCUUAAAUCGAAAUCAAAAAUUAUUACGGUGUAAUAUCUACCGAAAACAUGUCCAGCCACCACAAAAUAAUUGCUGACCGCUCAAGGUCCACUUUAAAGGAGGUUCCGAAAGAAGUGCUCGAAAUGAGCAACCUGAAAAUGCUUUUCUUGGAAGGCAACUUGCUGACCAAACUGCCCGAUGAUUUCUUUCACUGCUUACCCAACAUUGUUUGGUUGGAUUUGAGGAAUAACAUGCUGGAAUGUUUGCCGCGGAGUGUCAAAAACCACAGAUAUUUGGAGAAUUUAUUACUGUCGAACAAUAACAUUCAAAAAUUGCCCAACGAAUUGGGUUUAGUUCCAAAUUUAAAAGCUCUCCAACUGGCAGACAAUCCGUUAAUCUAUCCCGCGAAGAGAAUAAUCCAAGAAGGCACGCGAGCGGUGAAGAAAUACCUAAGAGAGCAAUACGAUAUCAACAGUCACAAGUCGCCACCGAAUAAUAGCAAAAGUGUAAGUUUGGAGGAACGAGAAGAAAGGGUACUCAAAGUCGUUGAUGAGUUUUCAAACGCCUCUAUGGAUAAGAGUAGACUUUCGGUCGCUAGGGGUCGUGAAAGUAAUCAAUCCAGGGAAUCUACGAAGUUCAGUCAGAAAAAAAAUUUAAGCAAAUUGGCUAAAAAACUUUCCGACCCGAAACUACUCACUCCGACGCUACGAGUAAAAAAACUGGAUUAUCCUAGAAGAAAGAAGGAAGAACCGUUAAAAAUAGUCCAUAGGAUCAACAAAAGCGAAACCAAGAUAUCUUUAAAAUCGUAUUUUACCAAAUCUGGAAUUAGAGAUGCUCUCGAGCGAAUUCCGGAAAAGACGCUCAAAGAGGGUUGGCUAAAUAAACUGAGAAUAUUGCUAAACGAUCAGGAAAGAAUUCUCCAACAAGAGAGAAAUUUAAGAGCGUUGAGUUCGUGGAGGUACCAAACGAAAAACGAAACUCCAAAAACAUUUUACGAUAAGCGUUCGGAUAGCAAACCCGAACCUCCGUAUGCUGUUUAUCCUGAGUACUCAAAAAUUCCAAGCAGGGCCGAGUUGACUAGUCAGCUUCAACUUUUUUUGAAAAACACCCACCAAACGCAUAGCAAAUCGUCAUCGGCGAUAGAUAUGGACAAGCUUAUAAACGAUCUGGUAGAGCAGCUCAAAGAGAUGGAGAUGACUGUAGGAGAUAAAACGUCUCCCAAUUCGGAAUUGGAACAGACCAGCCAACAAAUUCGAACGAUCACGGAGAUCCACAACAAGCUUCUGAAACUGCGAUCGGCAAACUGCUACACGUAAAUGUGAAAAAAAAAACAAUUAAAUAAAACCAAUUC